CAUGGCCGCCUCCAUAGAAAGCCUGCUUUCGGAGGUUUCAGGUCUCGAAGACCCAAUUGAAGAAUUACAAAAUUUAAAAACGGCCGUCUUAGCAAUACCCUUGAAUUUAUUGGGUGAGACCGUGUCUGGGCUGCGACUUGAAGUUCUUUUUUCGCUUUUAAAUACCAAUGACAGGGAGCAAACUGAGCUGUGUGUGGCCAUUCUCGGUCGCAUUCUCCAAGCGCUAGAUCCACUCCACGUGGCCCAGAACUAUAGGGCUGAACUUCAGGGGGGACUGAAUCAUUUUGACGACUCGGUCAAAAUCCUGGCAAUGACUCAAAUUGGGAGGAUUGUCGAACAUUGUGAGGCUGUCACAGAAAUUGUCAACAAUCAGGACCUGUUGAAGGAGGUUAUUCACUGCAUAGCACUGGAAAAAAUGUCUGUGGCUAAAGAGGCAAUUCAAGCGCUGGCCAAACUAAGUCAUACCAAAGCAGGGUUAGAUGCAUUAUUCCAGAGCAACUUGCUCAAAGACCUGAAAGAUGUCAUGGCCACAAAUGACGUUGUCCGGUACAGAGUGUAUGAGCUGGUGGUAGACAUCUCCUCUGUCUCGCCUGUCUCCCUUGGUUACUGUGCCAACAGCAACUUCAUUUCCCAGCUGCUGGGGGAGCUGACUGGUGACGACGUGCUUGUUAGAGCCACAGCAAUUGAGAUGGUGACAACACUUGCACACAGUCAACAUGGGAGGCAGUACCUGGCUCAGCAAGGCAUCAUGGACAAGAUCUCCAACAUGAUCGUUGGGGCAGAGUCUGACCCCUUCUCCAGUUUUUACCUGCCUGGGCUGGUUAAGUUCUUUGGGAACCUGGCUAUCAUGGACAGCCCUCAGCAGAUUUGUGAGUGCUAUCCGGCCUUCCUCCAGAAGGUGUUCCACAUGGCGAUGGAGCAGGAUCCUGUGAUGAUGGGUGUGGCACUAGACACCUUGGGAGUCCUGGGCUCCUCUGUGGAAGGGAAACAAGUCCUGCAGAAGACAGGUGAGAAGUUCCAGGGAGUGCUGAAACGGAUGAGCCAGUUGGCUAGGAACGCACCAACUGAGCUGAGAGUGCGCUGCCUGGAGGCCAUCACCAUGCUCCUCACUCUCCCGGCGGAGCAGCAGACAGAGGACCUCCUGGGCCUCCUGGAGUACUGGUUUGGGUCGCUGUCUAGCCAGCCUAUGGAGAUGUUUCGCAGCAUCAGCACCCAGCCCUUCCCUGAGCUGCACUGUGGGGCCCUACGUGUCUUAACUGCCAUUGCUUGCCAACCAUGGGGUCAGAAACUGAUGGUAGCCACUCCAGGUUUUGUGGAGUUUAUCGUUGACCGCUCGACAGGACCAAGCAAAGAGUUGAAAGAUGCCAAAUUCGAACUGGUUAAGGCCCUCGUCAACUCUGCCUCCACUGCUGAGAUCUUCGGGAACCAGCGCUACCUGAGCCUGCGGACUUACAUGCGGGAGGGACCGUACUACGUGACCGCCGUGUCAACGGUCACGGUGGAGGGUGCCGAGUGAAGCCUAAGGUCAAGACCCAAAGGAUGUGCUUCCCUCACUGUUGUUAAGGAAGGGUUUUUUUGUCAAAUACAAGAAGCUCUUAAUUUCAUUUUUUUCAUAACGAUGUUCAAUGCACUAAUGUUUUGUAUUCGGUCUGAUGUGUGCUUAUUAAAGAGGAACCAGACUGAGUGUUAACAAAGGCCCAUAUUGAUUGUGGCAGUUGUCCAUUUUUUAUU